AUGUUAUUUGCGCUUUAGGGUGGAGUUUCUCUGUGGACGCACCAUGGCUCUGUGCGCUCCCAUCAUCACAACACCAGGGAGGGAGGAGAGAAGCUGUUUACAUAGUGAACCAGACCCCUCACAUUCAUCCAGCUGCUGCACCGGGUCCACAGCUGGCUCAGCCCAACAGUCUCCUCACUGUGUCCGUGACCGAUCUGCGCUUUUACGCACAGUCAUGAUUUUGACGCACAGGUGAACUUCUAUUCGCUUCGUCGCGCCUCCGAUCGCAACAGGGAAAAGUAACAGCAGCCUGAACAGAUCGCCCGUCUCUUCCACACUUCGAUCCUCUUCGCUUUUUCUCUUCUUUCCGGGGCUUGACCAGGUCAUCGGGGCCAUGUCCAGGAAGAAGGCGGUGAAAGGCAAAGGGGCCGCCAAGAGCCCCAAGGCGUCGCCGAGCAGCAGCGGCGGGAGGACGGGGAAAGGUCUGGCCGCCGCUGCCGCUCCGUCCUCCGGACUGGUUUACCCCAGCAGACCGUCCAUCAGCAACAGCGGAGAGUUUUACGACAUCGCCUUCAAGGUGAUGUUGGUGGGGGAUUCAGGUGUAGGGAAGACCUGUCUGCUGGUUCGCUUCAAAGAUGGAGCCUUUCUAGCCGGGAGCUUCAUCUCUACUGUGGGCAUCGACUUCAGGAAUAAAGUUAUGACCAUUGAUGCUGUGAAGGUCAAACUGCAGAUAUGGGACACCGCUGGUCAGGAGCGUUUCCGGAGUGUCACACAUGCCUACUACCGCGACGCUCACGCUCUUCUCCUUCUGUAUGACGUCACUAACAAAGCAUCCUUCGACAACAUCCGGGCGUGGUUGACAGAGAUCCAUGAGUACGCUCAGCAGGACGUGGUCCUCAUGCUGCUGGGCAACAAGGCCGACUCCACACAUGACAGGGCGGUGAAGCGGGAGGAGGGAGAGAAACUGGCAAAGGAGUUUGGAGUGCCCUAUAUGGAGACGAGCGCCAAAUCUGGACUGAAUGUGGAGCUGGCCUUCAAUGCUGUGGCCAAAGAACUGAAGCACAGGACCAUGAAGGAGCCGGACCUGCCAAAGUUUCAGCUUCAGGAGUACGUCGACAAAGAAAUGAGGACUGUUGGCUGCUGCCGCUCGUAGACCACAUGCUAUCUGUGUGUGUGUGUGUGUGUGUGUGUGUGUGUGUGUGUGUGUGUGUGUGAACAUGUAUGUUCUGUUAAGAGUAUGUUAUAAAUCUGAGUUUGCGUGUCUGGGAAUAAUCAUGGAUUCUCAGUGUUUGUAAUAUUUAUUUUUGUGGUGAUACUGCCAAUACGCUCUCUCUCCCAACCCACCUUUCCUCUGCAACUGUGAAUGUAAUAUAAAUUCCUAUCUACAUGCUUACACAUAUACAUGCAUGUUUAUACACACACGCAACAUUGUACUUCUAUCUUGGUAAGGACACUAAUUAGUGUAAUGCAUUCCCUAAUCCUAACAUAAUUCCCCCUCGUGCCCAUUCCCCUCAUUUGCCCAUUCGAAACACUACAUUCUUAUCUCAACCCAACCAUAACCACUUGGGCACAAUGCCUACUCCUAAUUACCUCGGUGGGAAACAAAUAAAAUACUUGUCAAUCAAUAAGGACACAGGAUGCCGCACCUUGUUAAGCCCUAUGAGACAAAUUGUGAUUUGUGAAUAUGGGCUUUAGGAAAAAAAAUUGAUUGAUUGAUCCUCGAGGUCAGAAGUUUAGAACCCUCAUUUACCUACUAAAAUAGCUCCCUGAGGUCAUGAUGCCUUCACCAACCGAUCGUCGUAAACCUAACCACUGGUUCAAGCAGCCAAAGCGUCUUGGUCUGGAAACUGGGGGGGGGUCUAUGCUGUAAAUGGUCUCUACAAAGAUACAAGUACAAGUACAAGUACAAGUACACACACACACACACACACCAAAGUUAAAUCCAUUCUGUGCCAUUUUCCAUAAGUGUGACAAUGUACAUAUUUCAAAUGUAAUUUUACUUUUGUGUUCUGAAAUCUUUGUAGUUUGUAAACGCCCGUCUUGUUGAAACUCAAGUAUAUGGACACAGACAUGUUAAAUAUUGAAUCAAUCUUCUCAAUGUAAUAGAAAUAGAUGAACAUGUUUUUACGGAUACAGUUCUGCUCCUGAUGUUAAACAGUCAAAUGGCACUGUGUGCUGUUUUUGUACAGGAUUGAAAUAUAAUAACCGUUUUUAAAUACUAUAUCCUCGUGAUCAACUGUCUGUAAAAUUUCCUUUAAGCUCUUUGACAUUUGUCCAGUUUGAGUUUAAAGCUUUGAUGAGUUCUAUUUAAUGUGAAUACAUCUCUCUCUGUAAUUAUUCGACCAUGUUCAUUUAGUAAAUGCAUGUAGGUGUUCACUGACCACUACUGUACUUUGCAUUGUACGUAUUUGGGGGAAAUCAGUUGAGUUGCAUUAUGGGAAAUAAGGGGAAGAUAUUGCUGCUCACUUUAACUCAAGGUCUUUUUCUGGAUCUUUCGUUAUCAGUUAUUUAAUGUGUCAAAUCCAUGAAGUCGAUGAAAGGUGGUGGGAAGCCUCAAAGAAAGACCUAGAGGUUAUUUUGUGUUAAUAUUGUUGUUAAAUUGUACAUUAUUCUCCACUUUUUGUUUAUAUCACAAUGAAUUUUAAACCACACUAUCGUGUAAAAAUAAUUUCAUUUAAAAAGAAAAUGAAGAAGAGUUAGGAAAUUGUUCGACUUAGGUUUGGUUGAACGGUUUCCUCUCCCUUAGGGCCGGGUGAUUUGGCCAAAAAAUGUUAUCAAGAUAAAGAUUUUAAUAUCAGUUGAUUUCAAUAAAUAUUACAUUUGUUUUAGUUUAAAGAUUUUUUCUCCUGAGUUAAGAUUAGAGUUCUAAAAUCUUCUUUACAAGCAGAUCACCAUGCUCUCACAAUGAAUAAGCUAUAUAUUAAACUUUUGUUAUAUUGCUAUUGAUAAAAAUUAUAUUGAGAUAAUAGUUUUCUUUUUCUCAUCUUUAAUCACCAAGCUCUAGUUCCUUUCAUGCCAUAGACAUGUCACCAUUAUUACUGUGCUGAGCUAAUGUUGUGCUAUGGCUUCAGUCCCCAAAAGGAAAAUGGAGUGAGCUGAAAGAUGUUGCUGUUGUGUGUCAUUUUCAGGGACGAAGAAAGAUGGAGGAUUCACGAGUAGAUGUUGCUUGAAUAAUACACAUU